AUGGCCUCCCCCUCCGGGCAGGGGUCUCCGGGCGCCGCCGGGCUGCUGCGGGGGACCCGGGCGCGCUCCUACGGCAGCCUGGUCAGCUCCCCGGUGCGCGAACGGCGGAUGGAGCACCAGCUGCGCCCCGGGGACACCCUGCAGGGCCUGGCCGUCAUGUACGGGGUGACGACGGAGCAGAUCAAGCGGGCCAACCGGCUGUACACCAAUGACUCCAUCUUCCUCAAAAAGACUCUCUUGAUCCCGGUGCCGACCAAGCCCAAAGUUUUGUCCAACGGACUGAACUUUGAGGAUGAGGAGGAGGAAGAGGAAGAAGAGAAGGGAGGGGAGGCCCUCCCACCCGAAUCGACCAAGAAGCAGAAGCAGCCCCGGAAGAACGGCUCUUCGGGGGGAUCGGUCCCCAAACACGACCUCUCGGCUGCCGAUUUCCUCUUCAAACUGGAUUCCGAGAUCCGCCGAUCCAAGCAAGUGGCGGUCAAGAAGCUGCGCGAAGGGGAGAGCGGGAUUUUGGGGGAGGCAGCGGGAGUGAGCCCCACGCCUUCCACCUCGGGCUCCUACCAGGGCGAGUCUUCCCCCCGGAGCCAGCAGCGGGCGGUCCUUGGCCCCGUGCCCCUCACCAGGAUCGCCCGUGCCGAUGCUCUGCUGGACCAGGAGGACGAAAUCUUCAAGCUCUGA